AUGUCAAAACCCAGAAUUUUGGUGUUACACGGAUACACUCAAUCAGCUUACAUAUUAUCAAAGAAGAUUGGCGCAAUAAGGAAGGCUCUCAAAGAUAGCUGUGAUUUGCACUUCAUUGACGGUCCCUUGGAAUUAGAUAAGACUGAUAUGCCUAACGCUGAAAUGUACGAUAGUAUGUUUGUGGAUUCAGCUCCAAGAGCUUGGUAUGUCCUUAGACAUAAUCACAAGACCGAUAACAUGGACUUCAAGUAUUUUGAAAAGUCUUGGACCUUUCUAAAGGAAUUACUAUCGGAAAACAAGUACGAUGGCAUCUUUGGCUUCAGUCAAGGUGCGGGCUUCGCAGCUGCCCUAGCAGGUGUACUGGCAAACCCAGACUCAAAACCUGAAUUUAAAGGUGUGCAUCCACCUUUCAAGUUCUGUAUCACUGUUGGUGGCUUUAAAGUCGUCGACAAGGCGUACGAAGAUAUUUAUCCCCUUCCGAGGUCCGGUGAAAAAACUCACUUCUUGCACGUGACGGGCGAAAACGACAUGAUAGUUACGCCAGAAAGAAGUGCAACUCUCAUUGACAAUAGCCCAAAUUGUCGCCUUGAAAAACACCCGGGUGGUCACUUCGUGCCAUCAAGUGCUCCUUGGCGCCACUUCUUUGUUAGGUACAUUAGUAGCUUCACAGAAGGCGGUGAUCAGGGUAACGUUGUUGGACCUCAACCCACUCCGGAAGCUGUGGUUGUAAAGUCACUUCAGGGCAAAUCUCUCUAG